CUUUAUAACAGCACAUGGCGCGUAACGUUAGUCAUUAAUGCAGUCUUGCCUAUGCUACGUCCCAAAUAAUUUCUAUAUUUGGCAAGAUCGUAUUGUUUUCUUAAGACAUUUGAAAUGGCAAGUCUUGUUCUUGAAGAUGGAACGGUUUUUAAAGGAAAUGCGUUUGGCUCGUCGAGAAACUCGCCUGGAGAAGUUGUUUUUCAAACUGGUAUGGUUGGCUAUCCAGAAUCUUUGACAGAUCCAUCAUAUCGUUCGCAAAUCCUUGUCCUUACCUAUCCUCUUGUUGGAAACUAUGGUAUUCCAGAUGGCAUUGUGGAUGAAUAUGGGAUCAUCGAAUCAUUUGAAUCAAAGAAACUCUGGUUGUCAGGAUUGAUCAUUGGCGAUGAUGUUGAGGAUUACAGCCAUUGGAGUGCUAAAAAAUCUCUCUCAGAAUGGCUCAAGGAGUAUAAUAUCCCUGGGAUUCAUGCUGACCUAAAAAUUCAAUUUCCAUAACAUUUGACAAUACUCCUAGCUUAAACUAAUUUGUUUUAUGAAAAGGUAUCGUUUAGGAAAAGAUAUGCUAUUGAUUGACGACACAGUUAACGUAUUAAUUCCUUUGAGAGCAUGACUUCAAAUGUCAGUAAUCCUGUUAAUCAAGAAGUUAAAUAUUUCGUCUUUCAAAAGGUCAAUAGUUCCUUCACAAGUGUCACAAUUAGACAUUAAUGUUGUUGUUAUUCCCAGAUCAAAACGCAUAUGCAUUAAUUAAGACCUUACAAAAGUAGAAUAUUUCUUGUAUGUUAGGUAAGUUUAUCUGAACACGCAUGAUAUAUAUUUCAAAAUUUAGAUCGCCCGGGUUAGUGAAGUACUGAGAAUGACUGUUGGUGUUGAUGUCAACUGACGUUUUGACAACCUUAGUGGUAGUCAUUUUAAGAGUCUAGUGACAGAAGAUGUUGUCCAUUUUGUUGUGUCUUACUCACAAAAAUUGACGUUUUCAAUGUUCUUUUAAAAGGUGGUACAAGAAAUAGAUAAAAUAUUACAUCCAAUACUC